CUUCACAAGAGGAUUUUUUAUUCAAUAGAAUACUCCAAAUUCCAAAAGCAUAUUUUUUUUAAGUUCCGUUUACCAAAUGCACGUACUAAGUCAAAGUGCAGGCCGCUGGUUUUUUUUCGUAGACAUCUGCAACUUUCUCCGUUUUACACUGCGGUAGACUCCCGCCGCUUUUGUUUGAGAGAGAUACAUACAAACAGCAAGAUUAUCUACAUACAUAAACUAAUAUAUACCUCACUCACCAUUACUGUGUGAGGGAGGAAAGACUAAAAAGCGACAGUCUUUGUCUUUAUUUUUUGGGUGACCUCCGUUGAUUUCGGUUGAAUUCCUGCUGUGAUUGUAAACCCCCAUUAUUAUUAAGUGGCUAAGCUUUUACCCGCAAUUGCCGCAAAAUAAAAAGGGGGUUUUGGGCUAGAGAGAGACAGUAGUGUCGAAAAGGACUUUUCCUAAUAUCUUGAUAGCAGUGUUUAAAAACGCGAGCUUGAGGGUAAUCAGUGAUCUGGCGAGGGCCGGCAUUGAUUUGCGCAGAAACGAAGCUCGGCCCGGGUCAAGAUUCAGCAAAUCCGGAUCUGGGUUCUCUUCAUCUUCAUCCGAUUAGUAUCAUGGCGGCGGCGGAGAGCCGGUGACGGUUGGGUGGCGCCGCUCACAUGGGCUGCGUGCCGUCAAAGCAAGCGGUCUCGGUGACCCCGGCCGCGGUGGAUCACUCGGGGGCGCUCAAUGGCGGGUCGGGUCGCAGCCGCGUGGGGAGCUGCGGCGGGGGCGGCGGCUUGGUGGCGGAGCUGGAGUUGAACUUGAAGAAGGUGAAGAAGAGGGGGGCGGCCGAGUCAGGAAGCGAGUGCGAGUCGGGACGGGCGAGUUCGAAUGGGUCGGUCAGCUUCCGGCUGGGGAACCUGCACAGGUACGUGGAGGGGGAACAGGUGGCGGCGGGUUGGCCGGCGUGGCUGAGCGCGGUGGCCUGUGAAGCCAUUCAGGGCUGGGUGCCCCUUAAAGCAGAUUCAUUCGAGAAACUUGAAAAGAUUGGCCAGGGCACGUAUAGCACCGUAUUCCGAGCACGCGACUUGGAUAAGGGAAGGAUUGUUGCUUUGAAAAAAGUCCGAUUUGACAAUUUCGAGCCUGAAAGCGUUCGUUUCAUGGCUCGGGAGAUAUUAAUCCUUCGCCGGCUUGACCAUCCGAAUAUUAUAAAGUUGGAAGGUAUAAUCACGUCAAGGUCUUCAUGCAACAUAUAUCUUGUGUUUGAGUAUAUGGAACAUGAUAUAGCUGGACUGUUAUCUUCCCCAGAGAUUACUUUCACCGAGGCACAGGUCAAGUGCUACAUGAAGCAAUUGCUAUCGGGACUCGAGCACUGUCAUUCUCGAGGCGUGAUGCAUCGGGACAUUAAAGGCGCGAAUCUCUUAGUGGAUAAUGAAGGUGUGCUUAAAAUUGCCGAUUUUGGAUUAGCAAACUUCUGUAGUUUCGGGAAGAGGCAACCUCUGACUAGUCGAGUGGUCACUCUUUGGUAUCGGCCACCCGAGCUCUUAUUGGGGUCCACUGACUAUGGGGCAUCAGUCGAUCUUUGGAGUGCCGGUUGCUUGCUCGGUGAACUUCUUGUCGGGAAGCCUAUCAUUCAAGGGAGGACUGAGGUAGAACAGCUUCACAAGAUAUUCAAACUCUGUGGGUCCCCUCCGGAAGAUUACUGGAAAAAAUCGAAACUUCCACACGCUACACUGUUCAAGCCACAGCAUCCUUAUCAGAGCUCCCUUUGGCAAACUUUUAAAGAUCUUCCCCAAGUUGCCGUGUCACUCAUUGAAACUCUGUUAUCAGUCGAGCCAUUCAAGAGGGGCACUGCUGCUGCUGCCCUAACAUCUGAGUACUUCAUGACGAAGCCAUACGCUUGUGAACCGUCAAGCUUGCCAAAAUAUCCCCCCAGUAAGGAGAUUGACAUUAAACAUCAUGAAGAGGCUAGCAGAAAAAGGCCAGCCGGAAGGUCUCGUGCACCUGAAGUAAGAAAACCAACCAGAAAACAGAAUGGGAUCAAUAAACUUGCCCCAGAAGAGAACUUGGCUCCUCAGAAGCAAGAGGAGCCGAAAAUGAACAGAAUUGGCCGUGCCAGCACCCACAGAGCAAAUAAGGCUUCGGGUCACGAGCCACCUAAGCCGCCAGUGGGCCCCACCAAAGAGCCAUCCCACUCGAAAAACACAUCCCAAGGAGACGCCACGUAUGCAGGGCCUCUGCAGGUCUCGGGAUCGAGCGGGUUCGCGUGGGCCCGAAGAACGACCGAUUUGAGGUCGAGAAGUAAGUCGAGCUCGAGAAGCUUGAACAUCGAAUCUUGCGGUGCUGGGCGCUCGAGGAGUAAUGAUUUGGACUCCAAGGAUGAAGGAAAACGUGAUGAUGAUGCUGGAGUAAAAGAGCGAGAGUCUUACGAAAUAUUCAAAAGCUCGAUGCUAAAGAAGUGGAGCCAGCUGGAGUGUCCUGAUUCGUUCGAUGCCUCGGAGGAUUACCACUCGCAGGAUCUGUCGGUACGUAAAGAGGAAGCGGCUUCCAAGGGAAGCAACUCGGUAUAUCAUGAUCAAGAGGAGAAGGUUGAGUUUUCAGGGCCUUUGCUUUCCCAAUCGAAGAAAAUCGAUGAGCUCUUGGAAAAACACGAACGUCAUAUUCGCCAGGCCGUUCGAAGAUCAUGGUUCCAGAGAGUUAAGAUAAAUGGGAAGUAACGGAACUCUUGCUGAUUUCAAGCACAAUUCUCGGUAUAUUCCAAACUGCGAAUUAGCUCAACAGUAAGCUCACAGGCUUCUAAAAUGACUGAGCUGAUCAUUUUUUCUAGUAAACAAACCAGUGAGAUUGCAAAAUCAUCCGGAUUGAAUAUCUUCGCCUUCUGAGUUGGAUAACAUUAUAGUGAAACCAUCCAAAGUUCAAUUUUCUUCUUCACCGAGUUUGAUGUCCCACACAAUAAGGGACUAACUCUUCUUAAAUUCCUUCUUUUUUUUUUUCCUUGGAUACACUGUGAUAUCAUAAAUCAUAAUGUAUCAACUAGCAUUUUUCAUCUGUUUGCUCAGAUUUUUCCAUCUGUCGGUCGUAUUUUUUUGUUUUGAACCGAUUUACUGAUGUAUAAGAAAUUCAUGAUAAUAUUCCUCACAAUAGCAAUGUAAAUUUCCUGUCCUGAGUUUGUUCCUUUUCUACUGUUUCUUUUAGUUAUAUGCCCAGAAAAAAGAUGUUUUACCAGUCAUUGCACAUUGUUUGUUGGUUUAAAAGAAUGGUUGAUGGGUGGGUGUCUGUCCCAAGUAAC